UUCCUCCUUUGCUUGUGUUCAGAAAAUCUAUUCUUAAACCAGAAUAGUAAAAAUACUUAAACAGUGUUUCCUAAAAUAUUUUUAAAAUCAAACUUAUUCAGUAUAUCUCUAUCUUGGCGAAUGAAAACCAUAAUGUAAAGCCUUUUCUCCACAAAAAAGCACCAAAGCAUGGGGGGGGGGCAUCUGCGCACGCGUACUCCAGACUCGGUGGGCUCUGGCCUCAAGGCUGGAGGAUGGGGCGCAGGCGAUUUUCCCAGAAUGCAGCGGUGUUGUUUUUCACGUUGCCAGGACUCCAUUUCCCACAUAGGACUGUGACCUGGACGGUCUGGCGUGAACUACAUUUCCCACAAGCUAUCAAGGCAAAGUCCACCUCACUCUGUGAUCUCAGUAUCUCCGACCCCUUGAGGGAAGAGUGGUCGUGGGUUGCUGCAAAAGAGAUUCUGUGGGUCCAGACGUGGCACCCGCGGGGCCCAGUGUGGCGGUCUAAGUCUCUGGAACUGCACCUGCUGGUAGAGGAAUGCUGAGAGCAGAUUGGCACUUUUUUUCUUGGAAUGGGAAUCAAACUCAGGACCUCAAGCUUGCCAAGCAAAUGCCAUUCUGCUGAGUUGUAUCCCCAGCAUUGAUUUGCUCUUGAAGGUCUAAAAUCAUGGCCUGUGGAUUAAUUUUAUUCAAGGAUGUGGCCAUAGACUUCUCUCAGCAGGAGUGGGAAUAUCUUGACCCAUUCCAGAAGACCUUGUACCGGGAUGUGAUGAUGGAGAACUAUGAUAACUUGGUCUCACUGGAUUUGGAGUCAAGUUAUGAAAUGAUCAGCUGUGGAAAGAUGUACAUUUAUAAAAGAGAUUCAUCUCUUACUCUACAUCAGAGAAAUCAGUAUGGAGAGAAACCUUAUAAAUGUAAAGAAUGUGGGAAAGCAUUUAGUCGUCCUACACACCUUAGACUACAUCAAAUGAUGCACACCGGUGAGAAACCUUAUAAAUGUAAGGAAUGUGGCAAAGCAUUUAGUCGUCCUUCAGAUCUUAGAGUACAUCAGAGAAUUCACACUGGCGAGAAACCCUAUCGAUGUGAAGAGUGUGGAAAGGCCUUUAGUCGUGCCUCACACCUGACUCAACAUGAAAAAGUUCAUACUGGAGAGAAAUCUUAUGUAUGUGAUGAAUGUGGGAAGGCCUUUAGUGGAGUUGGAAGACUGAGAAUACAUCAAAGAAUUCAUACUGGUGAGAAACCCUAUGAAUGUAGGGAAUGUGGAAAGGCCUUCAGUCAAGCCUCAAACCUAGUACAACAUGCUAGAAUUCAUACUGGUGAAAAACCCUAUGAAUGUAAAGAAUGCGGGAAGGCCUUUAGUCAACCCUCACAUCUCAUUCGACAUGACAGAACUCAUACUGGUGAGAAACCCUAUGAAUGUGAAGAGUGUGGGAGAGCUUUUAGCAGUAGUCACCAACGUACUAUACACCAUAGACUUCAUACUGGUGAGAAACCCUAUGAAUGUAGAGAAUGUGGGAAAGCCUUUUGCGUCUAUGGACGACUUACUCAACAUCAGAGUAUCCACAGUGGUGAGAAACCCUUCCAGUGUAGCAAAUGCAAGAAAUCUUUUAGGCUCAAUUCAGGCCUUAAAGUACAUGAGAGUGUUCAUACUGGUGAGAAACCCUUUGCAUGUAACAAAUGUGGGAAGUCUUUCAGGCUAAGUUCAACUCUUAAAGUACAUCAAAGAAUUCAUACUAGUGAGAGACUUUAUGGCAUACAUAUAUAGAAGGAAUAAUGUAUUGUAGAAUGAAUUUACACCACUAAGAAACAGUUGGGAGAGAAUAUGAGAAGGCUUUUACCUGUGCUUCAGUUUUUAUAAAGAAAUCAAAUAAUGUAUACUGAUAUGAACUCUUUGGAAGGUUAAUAACAUUUCAGAUUUUUAGUUAUGCCCCAAAUAUUUAGGCUCAGGGACCUUAUAGAAUUUUGUUUUAAGAUUUCCUUCUGUGUUUUAGUGUUUACUGGCUAAUCAGGGAAGAGACUUAACACAUAACUUGAAGAAGACAGAUUGCAAGUACAUCAGGCACACGUGUUGUAACAUGUAUGUUAAGCAACAGGAAAGAGAGAAAACACAAGGGCCUGCCCCUAUAAGUGCGUCACUAGCCUUGGCCAUCAGAGCUACUAUGAAGCUGACAUAGAUGAUAUGGCUAUACACAUUCCAUUCUGUGUUGUGGCAGAACCUGAGGCUCUCUUCCCUAUGGAGUAUGAAAUACAGAAUUCUAUGAGUGUGCCUCAGGACCAUUGCUACUUAAACAGCACAAAGGAAUGCGCAUUGAGUCAGAAACAGGAAAAGAUAUUCCCACACAAGUUGCUAAAUUUAACAGCUUUUCAGGAUCUUUUGUCUCUUGUUACGGAAGUAUUCCCGGAUCAAAGCCCAGUCGAAUGUGGCCAUGCAGAAGGUGAGAGACUGCAUGAAUGAGAUUCCUUUCCUAAUAGUCUUUAUGGAUUAUCAGAUUAUUUGUAUUGAAGGAAAAUUAAGAGAAUGUAUGAAAUCCUCAUUUUUUUUAUGUAUAAAAGGCUUCCAGCAAAAAUCACUUAUUAAAUGAGUUACAUCACAGAAAACCCCUGCUGAUCUAACAGCAGUAAAGUGUUUACCAUUUAUUUGUUUCUAUCUAAAUUAUUAUGAUGGUGUUUCCACUCUUUGUCUCAUUGGUUUAUAGUUCUAAUCAUGCCUUGUACCUGAUUCAACUUAGAUAAAGAAAUAAUAGUAAUCCUACAUUAUAGUACUAUUGGAAUUAAACUAGUUGAUGUUUAGGGAAAAUAUGGGAAAUUGCGUAGCAUAGUUCAUGUUCGGUGCACAAUGGCUACAAGUUCUAAUUCUAUUUUCUAUUGGUAGAGAACUUUUUUUAAAGGGAUUAAAAAAAAUAAAAACAAAAUACAAAUGAUACAGGAUUUCAAAACAAACUGAUUGGAAAUUAACAAUAGUCACUAUAUUCCAUAUUGUUAUCUUCAAAAUAGUUGUUCAGAUUACAAGAUAUGGGCAUUCAAAACAGAUCAAACAGUAUAAGCAAUCACAGUUUCUUUCUCUGAACUAAUAGGAUCAGUAAUACAAUUAUUUUAGAUAUCUUGUGUGUGUGUGUGUGUGUGUAUUUAUAUUUUCCCUUCCUUCUUUUCUUUCUCUCCAUCCCAGUUCUUUCCUUUUGAGCAAUUUCAUUCCCUUUCACAAUAUCUAUUGUACUUUUUGGAUCUUAUUUAAUCUUUCAGUUUCUUACACGAAGGAGAAAGUAAGAUGUUUAUAUAUGUGAGUCUGAUUUAUCUCACUUAUGAGGAUGGUCUCAAGUUGCAUCUAUUUACCUAUAAAAGCCUCUAGUUUAUCCUUCUUUAUAGCUGAGUAGUACUCCAUUGUAUAAAAGUACAUUUUAAACUAUUUAAUAGGCAUUUGGAUUGUUUCCAACCCAAAUUGUGCUGCUAUCAACAUAGGUGCGCAUAUAUCUCUGUGGCAUGAUGUUUUUAAUUUUUCUGAAAAAUACCCAGAGGGGGGAAUAGCUGGGUCAAAUGGGACCUCUAAUCUUAGUUUUUUGAGAAAUCUCCACACUGACUUCCACAGUGGUUGUACCAGUCUACAUUCCCACCAACAAUGGAGAAGGGGUCCUUUUUCCCUGCAACCUUGCUAGCAUUUUUAUUGAUUGAUUUCUUGAUGAUAGCCAUUCUUUCUGGAAUGAAGUGAAAUCUUAGUGUUGUUUUAAUUAGCACUUCUCAAAUAACAAAUGACAAAAAUUUUUUCAUAUGUUUAUCAUUUGUAUUUCUUCAUGAUAAAGGACUCUUAUGGGGAUUAAAUGAAUUUAGGAAAAUUUCCUAUAACUAUCCUUUUUGAAUUCGAAUUGAUGGCAUAUAAAACACUGAGAGCAUCUUCAUUCACAUUUCUUAAGCUCAAUCAGUUUUUAAAAUUUUUAAACAAAAUUUAGAUUUAUAGGUUUAGAAUUUAUGAAUGCAUUUAAAUUAGGUGGUAAAUUGAUUAGAAAUUAGCCAAAGAGGACCCAAAGGUAUAGGUCUGUGUUAGAGCACUUGCCUAGCAAAUAUGAAGUCCUGUGUUUGACACCUAGAAACCAUACACACACACAAAAUUGCCACAGUCCAUCCAUUUUGCAAUUUAAUUUCAUGUGCAAUUAAAAAUUUUUGAGCACAGAAAAGUUGAAAUAACAGUACAGUCAGGUCUCCAUGUCCAUGUGGCUCAUAUUUGUACAUUGAACCUCAGAUGAUAGUACUUAAGAAAACUUUGUACUAAACAUGUAUGGACUGCUGUUAUCCCCUAAAUAAUAUGUAUAACAACUACUUACACACAUUUGCAUUGUAUUAGGUAUUAUAAGUAAUCUAGUGAUGAUUUAAAAUAUAGUUAUUGGGAUCGAGGAUAUAGCUCAGUGGCACAAGUACCUACCUGGCAGGUGUGAGGUCAUGAGUUCGAUCCCCGUUACCAAAAAAAAAAAAAAUUAAAAUACAAUCAUGCAUUGCUUAACAACAGAGAUACAUUUACAUAAAUCUAGAUGAUCCAGCCUAUGACACCAUAGGUUAUAUCAUACCACUUAUUACUCCUAGGCUAUGAACUCAUAUAGCAUAUUACUGUCCUGAAUAUUGUAGGCAGUUAUAACACAGUGGUAAAUAUCAGUGUAUCUAAACAUACCCAGACAGAAAAGGCACAGUAAAAACAAAGUAUAAAUGAUUUUGAAAUGGUAUACUUGUGUUGUACACUUACCAUGACAGGAAUCUAUACAAUGGGAAGUUUGUUUUGGGUAAGUCAGUGAGUGGUGAGCAAAUGUGAAGGCCAGUACAUAACUAUCUACUGUUACAGACUUUAUACAUACUGUACACCUAGGCUACAGUAUACAUAACAUAGUAUUUUUCUUUCUUUAAUAAUAAAUUGACGUUUAUAUAGACUUAAAUUUUUUCACUUUUUUGUAAUAGAUUUUGUUUUGUUUUUUGUUUUGGUUGAGAUACUUUGCUAUAUAUUACAGGCUGGUCUUACAUUCACUAUGUAGCCCAGGCCUGCCUAGAUUUUGCAGCAAUCCUCCUGCCUCAGCCUCCCAAGUCCUGGGGUUACAGAUGUAUGCCACCACACAUGACUAUAAUAAGAGUUUAAAAUACACAUGUUGUAGCGUUUUACAAAACAUUUUUAUACAUCCUUAUAUAAGCAUUUACAUUUUUUGUUUUUUUACUUUUUAAAUGUUUGUGUUAAAAACUAAGAUAUAGGGACUUCCAGGAGAACAUGGUGGAUAGAUAGCAGCAUCUUCACAGGCUUUCUGAGAAACCACACUUAAAAUCCAGGAAUGGUGCCAGGCAAAAAGUCCUAAACAAGGGGAGAUAUACUUUGCGGACCCAGGAACGAACUAAAGUAAGAGAAACCAACUGAAAACACAAUCCCAGUGAUAUAACAGGAACAGAUAAGGUCUCAGUGCGGAAGCUGGGGCCUGCGCCACUGGAAGCCGUGAUUUGAAUUUCCUGCAGCCACUGUUGUGUCCCAAUCAGCACAGCAAGGAGAGAGGUGUGAAAGCUCUGAGAGUGGGAAGCAGUGAAUGGAGUUGAGAGCGGGACUGGCCGGGAGCCAUGCAUCGACCUAUGGUGAGUGAGCGGAUCGGGCACCCUUCCAUAGAGUAGGAGGCUUCAGCAAAGUACAUACUGGGACUGGGCAGACUAGCCGGAACAGGGCGCUGCAGUGACUUCAGUCACAUAUUCCCCUCUCAAGCAGGAUUGGUUGGGAGUACCUGGCUUGGGUGACGCCGCUGACUAAGACCCAGUAAGCUAGCCCAAACCAGGUCCCAGUGCCUGGAGGUGCACCCUAGCAGUGAAGCCUUCAGUAGGUUGACCUGGAGGGCCAGGCCCAGCAUAGGCUUCCCAGGUCUGUGUCUCCCUAGUACACUGCACUGGGCAGGAACACCUAGCCGGCGCAAUUCAAACAAACUGUAACCGACAAAGAAAGAAACUGGGCCUCCUAUAUACUCUUGUAUGAAAGGAACAAAAAAUAUGGGAAGAUGGAGCAACAAGAAAGGGUCCUCGGCCCCCAAUCCUGAGAAACAUGCAAUAUCAGACACGGCACCAAUAGACAUAAAGCGCUAUCUCCAAGCCUCAUAGACGAGUUCAGGAAUGAAGUUAUUAACGACCUGAAGCAAGAUAUAAGUAGAAUAGUUAGAGAAAUGCUAAGCACCGCCCAAGAAAAAACAGAUGGUGGAAUGGAAGAACAGAAAAAAAGGGGAGAAUUGUUUGAUGGAGAAAACAGAGAAUACAUGAAGCAAGUUCAAAGAGAUUACCAGGAAACUAAAAACUCUAUCUAAAACUGGCAUAACAGCUUGAAAGAAACUAAGGAUAGAUUAUCUGAACCGGAGGGCAUAUUUGUAAUAUGGAAGCAUGAAAUGAAAAACUUCUUAAAAAUAAUUAAAAAAACAGCAGCAAUGCAAAGGCUAGAAGAUGAUAAGAGGAUCUAUAACUUAAGAAUUAAGGACAUAAAAAAAGUUGGGACACAAACAAAUGGACUACAAAAGCUAUUCACAGAAAUAAUCCAAGAGAAUUUCCCUAAUUUAGUAAAUGGUAAAGAUACUCAGAUGUAUGAGGCAUAUAGGACCCCAGCCACCUACAACCCAAACAGAGCUAUACCCAGGCAUAUAAUAAUCAAAAUUCCUGAACCAAUAUAAGAACAGAAUAUUAAAAGCCAUCAGAGACAAGAAACAUCACUUACAAGGGAACACCCAUGAGAAUUACAGCAGACUUCUCAGCACAAACCAUCAAAUCACGAAGAGCAUGGGGGGAAAUAAUUCAAGCUUUGAAAGAUAAUAACCUCCAGCCAAGAUUGGUAUAUCCUGCACAACUGUCCCUAGAAAUUGAUGGAAAAACAAGGUGCUUCCAGGAUAAAGAGGAACUAGGGGAAUUUGCAAACACCAAUUCAACUCUACAGAGAAUACUACAGGAUAUUCCUGCAGGCGAUGCUGUGUCCCAAUCAGCACAGCAAGGGGAGAGGCGCGAAAACUCUUGAGAGUGGGAAGCGGUGAAUGGAGUUGAGAGCGGGACUGGCCAGGAGCCCUGUAUCAAAAAUACCAAGAUUCCAGAAAUAGUGGCCGAGAGGCCACAAUGAAUGGAGCAGAAAGCAAAAUGAAGAAGACAAACUGACAACAAAUGACAGAAAAAGAGCUCAACAGGAAUGAGGCAGAGAAGAUCAGAUGGUAGGAACAGCUAUUUUGCAGAAAACAAGACAUCAUAAUAGCUAGUGCUGAUUUAGUAUCAUCUUGUUUUGAAAUCCCAUCAAACUUAUAUUCUUCUGCCUCCAUCAGUCUUAAAAGGUGUUAUUGGAUUUUAUUAUAUAUGAUAAUAUAAGCAAAAACUUUUAUAGACAAGGAGAUUAUACAGAAACCAUUGUUCAUUUUCUGUUAAUUGAUUCUAAAUACCCUGUAAUAAUGUCAUUCUCUUGAAUGGUUUUAUAGUGUCUUGAUAUGUUUGGUGCUACAGUAUACGAAGUUAUACUCAAAGAUUUCAAGGAAAGAGACACUAUGGUAACUAUCUUUAUGUUGGGAUAUCUUGUGGUGAAGCACUAUUUUGCUUAAAUGUUUAUGUUUUGACCUGCGCUAUUCUUUUGUUAUGCCCUCUCUUAUCUCAAUCUCCCCUUUUUAAAAAUUAUUUACUUUUUAAUUUUUAUCUUUUUAAUUAAGGGAAAAAUAAAAAAAUAGCAGGAUACAUUAUAGUAACCAACCUUGAUUUCCUAUUAACUUGAUUUGAAAUCCUAUAUUGCCAUCACCAUCUUAUUUUGACUGAUUUUCUCCUAUUCUGCUUUGCUUGAUAGUACCAUGUUUGAAAGCAUAGGCAACAACUGUGAAGACAAUAAGAAUCAUUAUGACGCCCAUUCUGGUUGACUUAUUAUCUUCUUUUAAAGUCCUGUAAUGUCUCCAAUGCUUUGGUUUUAUUCUUUACUGUUUCAUUCAAUUUUAUUAUAACUGGCAAUUCUUAAAAUAGCAAGAGGCAGUAUGGUAACCAUUGUUGAUCACCUUGUAUUUUGCUUUUACACUAUCUAUUAUGUCCAUCCUUUUGGUUUGACUGACUCUGUUCUGAUAUGUCGCAUUUGGUUUUACUCUCUUCAAAAAAAGUAAUAAGGGGGCCUGGGGAUUUAGCUCAGCGGCAUAAGUGCCUGCUUUACAAGCAGGCAGUUGUGAGUUCGAUCCCCGGUACCGGUAAAAAGGAAAAAGAAAAAAAAAAAAACAAAAAAAAGUAAUAAGAACUGUGGGACUAAUAAAACCCAAAAUGUGUAAUUGUCAUUGUACAAAAGAAAAGAAAGUGCUCUAAAGGUUAUAACUACAAAUAUGUUUAAGUGUAUAAGAUAGAUAACCAUAUUCCUGAGUUUUUUUAGGUCAUUGAGCAAAACUGUUUGCACUCUCACUGUUUGAAAGUCUACUUUAUAUGCUUUAAUUUUGCAACUUGAACAACUGUUUCUAAGAUGAGAAUAUGUAAUCUAUUAACUAGUGAUUCCUUACUGUUUAUUUUUUAAAUUUUGUAUUACUUAUACCCUUUUUCUGUUUUUUUCUUUUUCUCCUUAAAUUAAAAAAAAACUAAGAUAUAAGCAUACACCUUAAUCUAGGCUUACAUAGGGUAAGGAUCAUCAGUAGUUUUGUCUUCUACCUCCACAUUUUGUCCUAUUGGAUCAGGGUAAUAACAUGCAUGGAGCUGUCACCUAUGAUAACCAUGCUUUCUGGAAUGCUUCAGGAAGGACCUGCCUCUCUUUUAUAGUUAACUGUUUUUUAAAAUUCUCUUCUGGGGUUAAACCCAGACCCUUGCUUGUGCUAGGCAAACACUACCUAGCCCUUUUAUUUUUUUCAGAUGGGGUCUGGCUAAAUUCCCCAGGCUGGCCUGAAAUUUGCAAUUCCCCAAUUUUGACUUCCCAAGUAGCCAAGAUUGCAGUAAUGUAUUCCUGGUUUAAACUUUUUUUUAAGUAGAAGGAACAUACUUUAAUGAUUAAAGCUGAGUAUGGUGGAAUACACCUGUAAUCACAGCAUUCUGGGAGCACAAGGAAAGAGAGCCACAAGUUUGAGCCCAGCCUCGACAAGUUAGUGACUUCGUGAGACCUUGGUUCAAAGUAAAAAAUUAGAAAAGGGCUGAGGCUGUAUCUCUAUGUGAAAACCCUGGUCUCAAUCCACAGUACUGCCAAAUAAAUAAUUUUAAAAUGAUUAAAAUUAGUAUAGCCAAGCAUGGUGGCAUGUGCAUGUAAUCUUAGCUUUUUAGGAGCCUAGGCAGGGGGAUGGCAAGUUUGAGACUAACCUGGGUACUUUGUGAGAUCCUCCCCCUGAUAAAAAAUUAAGUAGGCUGUGGAUGUACCUCAGUGAUAGUAUGCCACUCUUUUCAAUCCCCAAUAUCAGCAAAAAAUAAUCAUCUUUACUAAUAUAGCCAAUAAAGUUUUGUUACGGAUUUAUUACACAUUAAUAGCGCACAUCAAAAAAUUCAGCAAAUUGUGGUGGUGCAUGUCUAUAAUCCCAAUUCUCUGGGAGGCUGGGGCAGAGUCAUAAGUUUGAGCUGGGGCUGUAGCUCAGUGUGAAGGCACUGGGUUUACUCCUCAGUACCAAAAAGAAAUCCUUAAAGUCUACAUAUUAAAAUAUUCAUAUUGGCUACUGUUGUAGAGGUGUGUUACGGACAAUUUUUUUUUUGUUUUCUACUUUUACAUUUUCAUAAUAAUUUUUGAGGAAAUUACCAAGGAGUAACUAUUGCACAUUGCUUCCUUUUUCCUUCUCCUGUAAAACCUAAAAUUUUUAUGUGUUGUCCUGGUAUCUUUGAGUGUCCCUCCAGGGUGCUAAGUACCUAAGCAUAACUUCCCUCCUAUCAUCUGACAAGCCUCCAUCCAGUAAGAAGCACUUUCAACCAGUUAGUUUCCCUUGUCCUACUUGGUCUUAACCUAAUAGGGAUCCCUUCUGUCAGACUGUGGAACCAGUGAAGCAAGAUAUUUGCAUUGUCACAUGGGAACCAAGGGAUACCUCAUCCUCUUUGCUAUUUGAGAGUCUGAACCUCACAGCCCUGCUGAUUUACUGUACUUCCAAGUGGAACCAUUCUGGGGCAUGUGGUGACCUUCACCCUUUGGGAUGUGAGUAUAUGUGAUUAAUAUUUUUUUGAAACAGGGUCUUGUUAUGUAAUUUAGGCCAGUAUUGAACUCACUGUAUAGCCCGAGCUACCCUCAAACUCAGCCUUUUCAGAGCUGGGGUUACAGGUGUGUGCCACAAUGCCUGGCAUAUAUGAUUAAGUAUUAUCAGUCUCAUCUCUCCUAUAUAUAUGUAUCAGAUGGUUAAAUACUUGUAGAAUCUUAAAGCAAGACACUUCUAUCACCAACAGGGUAGAAAGGAGAUGACAAAAAUACUUCUACUUUUUUUCCCCCCUUGGAUAGAACCCAGGGCUUUCUCAUGAAGCUACAUCUCCAUUCUUCCAUUUUUAAAAAAAAUUCUGAGGGUUGCUGGGGAUUUAGUUCAGUGGCAUAAGUGCCUGCCUGACAAGUGAGAGGUCGUGAGUUCAAUCCUUGUUACUACUACUAGUAAUAAAACAUACAAACAUGAAAA